CAUAAUGAUCGGACGUAUUUUCUGUGUGUCUCUAACGCUGAUUUGUGUCAUCGCACGUACAGAUGCAUGUGCUGAUGGCUUUGUGGAGUCAGGUAACUACUGCCUCCACGCUGUGCUCAUGAACGUCAACUGGGCGGAAGCAAGGGUAUAUUGCGAAGCAAUGAAAGCCAAACUAGUGACAAUAGAUUCAAACGACAAGGCAAUAUGCGUUCAACAAUAUAUGGACACAAUCAAAGGGUCAGGGCUAGUCUGGAUAGACGGGUCGGACCUGUACUCUGAGGGUCAGUGGUCCUGGAUGGACAGCCAGAAGACCUUCACCUUCACCUUCAACUGGAUCCCUGGACAACCGAACAACGGUGGGGGCACUGAAAACUGCGUCCACAUCAACAGGAGUUACGGCUACCAGUGGAACGACCACGACUGCAACGCGAAGCUGAACUUCCUCUGUGAAAGGCCAUUGCCUCUGAACCCUUAUUGAAUGAAGAAACGUUUCGGACAGCGUCGACGUUGACAAGGACUGCGACACACUAUUAAUCCAAUCUUUUUAAAAUCAGGUUUUAGCUCUCUGAAAACAUCCCAUUACAGGUCAGACAGCUACUGAUAGCUUGAAUGUUAAUAUAAGUACCUUCCAAA